AUGUCCCCCUCGAACGGAUUCGAAGGCUUUCGGAACGACGAGGCAGACCAGAUGCGGUCAAUGAUCAACAGCGCUGCAUCGCCGCUGCCCGCACUUCCCGACGAACUUCUCGCCGCACUUGCUCGCGAACCGCCUCCAGCCGGCUCGACACGUACAAGCCUCGCUUAUGACCGCCCAGAACCCCAUCUCGAGUCUACGUCGCAGAGCCCUUUCAGCUUAUCCUACCCACUAUCCUCAUCCGCCUCGCCGCCGCAACCACCGACCUUUCAACCAUUGCCGCCCGACCAGCCUGCUGCGACAGGUUACUCUUCCUGCAGAACAGUCUCUGCGACGCCAAACAGUACGCUGGGCGGGAUGACGUCCUCGAAGUCCGCAAUCCACAGUCCGCCAAUCCCGACAUCUUCGCCGUCGAGAACCCGAACCAUACUUAGAUCACUACCCUUCGGCACCAUCUCCCGCGGGAAGGCGUCGACUCCGCCAACAGUGCCCUCGCCCGCUGAAGAGUACACCAUCCCUUCACCGCGCGGCUACCACCUCCCGCCAGGCCUCUCGCCCGCCCAGGAGGAAGCCUUCGAGUUUGACCGGACUCAAGCCGUAACGGCUGGCGGCCAGACGCCCGGUUCUGCCAGUGCGUACGAACUUCGCCCGUCGCGGUCUCGAACGCAAACAGGAUCCUCCAGCAUGUCGAACACGCCGUCUUCAGGCUCCAUCAACUCGCGGAUGCCACCAGCUGUCGUUCUCGCGGCGGAGAUGUCUCGAGCGGACUCGUCGGGCAGCGGACGAGCACCGAGAUCUCCCGUCGACGGUGACGCAGCGGAGGAGCAUUGGCGAGCGAUUGUCGCGGCUGGCGGUCGGAGAGGUAGCGCACUCGCAGAAGAGUACACGAGGGACCUCUCGCUCGGUCGCGGCGAGAUCGAAGGCGUGAAGCUGGUCGAGGAGAACGACGAAGGGGAGGAAGAGGACGUCGACGGAUCCUUGCGCGACCUCCAGCGGGAACUCGCAGAACUCGCGGUACAGCCAACGAUUCCGACUCGCCGGCCCAGCGUCUUCUCGCUGCGUCAUCAGCUCGCUACACUUUCCGUCGACCCGCUGCACUACGAUUCGGCCGCUGCCCGACCUCCAGCGAGCGCUCAGACCGCAGAAGGCGGUCCCUCAUCGCAUACCGGCGAGCCUGGCCUAUCGGAGAAUCAGCACACCCUCGAUCCAGUCUCGCCCGUCUCUGCCGCCGACUUCAUCGUCGCCGUCGUCGGUCCUCGCCAUGUCGGCAAGUCGUCCGUCAUUCGCCGAGGUCUGAAACGACCGCUCGCCGAUCCAUUCGUCCUCCACGAGGACGAGCAGGGGAACCGCGUCACGACAAGCACGACUUCGUUCAGCAUCGGCGGACAGAGGCGGACUAUCGAAGUCCUCGAGAUCGACGAGGGAAUGCUGCGGUAUAGUGAGGAGGGCGUCGUUUGGCCGGAUGGGCUGCCGCAAUGCGAAGCGGCGAUGCUCUGCUACGACGCCUCGAACGCCAACUCGCUCGAUUCCCUCUCGACUCUUCUCGAGGCAUUCUGGACUCGCGGAUCUGAUGUCCCCCUCAUCGUUCUCGCCUGCAAGUCUGGCGGUCCCGGCGCUACUCAGCCCGAUGCAGCAGAUCCUCGACUCGCCGCAAACAUCUGCAACGUUUAUGGCGCGGGCAUUGUGCAGCUCGACGGCGGUCUGGAAGAUCCGCAGCGGAAGUCGAAAGAAUGCUUCAACUGGGUCAUCCGGCAGAUCAUGGACAACCGAGGCGAAUCGAUGGCGUCAGUUCCCGACUCGCCUACAAGCAGUCGCCGAGACUCCGUCCAGCGAGGGACCACCUCCUUUGCCUACGCGACCGUGCCAGACGCCGCCAUACAUCGUCCGUCUGCAUCCGGCCCUCUCGCGCUCUCGGUCGUCGAAGAAUCGCCUGUCACGGCGGAAGCGCAGCGGAGCGCACAGGAACAGGCCGAACUCGAGGCGGCGGAUGCUGAGGCAGACGCCGCCGUCGCAGCCCUUCUCGCAGCGACAGGCGCCGUUGACGACGACGACGCUAAGCUCUCUGCUGAACCUCACACGGAGAUGCGAGGCGCUCGACCGCGUACACCUUUGUAUGUCUCCGCGACGCCUGCCGAGCUCGAUGGGAAGCUACAGGUCGCAGAGGUUCCGCCCCCGCCUAUCGAGCGUCGCGGAUCGAAGACGACUUCCAUGGACCUCUUCUUCCGCCGAGAAGACCUCAUCGACAAGUUUCUCUUCGCCGCUGUCGCUGGGAACGAUGAACAAUUCGUCACGCUUUUCCUCAUCACCUUUCGACGCUUCGCUCGCCCGUACGAUGUCCUCGAGAGACUCAUCGAGCGGUUCGACUUUGUCGCCCAGCAGCAGCAGACGGAUCCUCUUCUUUGUCGCUACGGCCAGAUGCGGCUGUGCGGCAUACUCUCGACCUGGAUGCAGACCUCGCCGGGCGAUUUCGCGGCGCCGACUACCUUCGGCCUCCUCCAGCCUUUUCUCGAGAGUCUCCUGCCGCGCGGUGCGACAUGGGUCGCCCAUUACGCCUUUGAGCUUGUCCCCUUACUCGCGCCGAUCUCAUCUAUCCCGGACCCCGAGUCGGGUUGGGCUAUCCCCGACAAGACGGCCGACGACUCGCCGAGCCUGUCGCCAGUCACGCCUCGCCCACCCCUUCCUGAGCGGCGCCCGUCUCACGCUGCUUCCUACGCCUCCUCUAGCAGCUUCGCACCAGCCCGACCCGAUGCUGGUCAAGCAGCAAGCCUUGUCCCGUCCUCAACAGCCAGCGGAUCGGCAGAUCUCGUGUCGUACGACGGGACCCCAAUGAGCCGGCAGCAUACAUCUUCAGACGUCGGAACGGUCGAGACGCAGGCUUCGAGUGCAGGUACUGGCGCCAGCGCGGAGGCGUUGACCCGGACGAUGCCGUCGAGCGCCAUGCUUGUCGAUCUCUCGAACGCAAUCCUCGAGAUGCGCGAGCAGGAUAUCGCGACCCAGAUCACGCGGAUCACCUGGCAAGCGUUCUCCGGCAUGACACCUCGCGAUUUGAUGCGGCAUGUCCUCGCGCCGCGAGACCCAUCGAAUCCUUCGGUCGCCUUCCGAGUCGCUGACGGCUCCGUCGCUCGCUCCAUCGGCUUCGUCAAUCACCUCGCCAACUGGACGUCGACGCUGAUACUCGUGCAGAGCCGCGUCAAGGCGCGCGCUCGCAUGAUCGAGAAGCUCCUCUCGGUCGCCGUCGAGCUCCGCCAGCAGGAGAACUUCGACGCCCUCAUGGGCGUUCUCGCUGGCCUCAACGCGCAGCCUAUCUUCCGUCUCUCCGAGACCUUCGACCUCGUGACGAGCAAGCUCGACGGCGACGCUCGUCUCCAGCCACAGCGUGCCAUCCAACCGGACGGCGACUCGCAGCGACUGCCGAAGAAGCUCCGCUCGCUGAACCGGCUCAUGUCGGCAUCCAAAGCCUUCGCGGCCUACCGCCUCGCUCUCGCCAACUCAGGCAUCACCAUGAUCCCUUACCUCGGCGUGCACCUGCAAGACCUUACCAUCGUCAACGAGAGCAAGUCCGACCGGCGCGAUGGCCUUGUGAAUUGGUCAAAGUUCAGCCAGCUCGGCAAAUCCGCCGCCAUCGUCCUCGACUGCGCCAAAGUCGCCCCCAAACUCCCCGUCGACAAGACUAUCGAACGCUGCGUUCUGGACGUCCCGCUUCUCGACGAAGACCGCCAGUACACCCUCUCGUACGCCCAUCAACCACGAGGCGAAGGCAAGACUGGCACUCGCAGCCGGCUGCGAGACCUCGCCAAGUCGACCUUUGCUGCUACCUGA